ACAUUAAGGUGUACACAUAACACACACACACACAAGAGCGUAGGUGGCGUGUGUUCAACCACAUCUCGCCCAUCUCGCUCUUACACUCCAAACCCUCCGAUUAGCCCUAACUCACCCACCCCUCAAUUCUCCAAUUUAAUUAUUCAUCUCAUGGCUUCCGCCGCUGAUCCCACCGCCGCCGUCGCCGUCUUCAACGUCGAUGAAGACCUAAUCGACGACGACGAUGACGUCGAGAGCUCCGACCGCGACGAAGACGAUUCCGCCUCCUCCGCCGCCCUCGCCGUCGAUCGCCAUCUUCCGUUCACUUCCGCCGCCCAAGUGACCGUCGCCUUCCCCGAUCCCCACCCCCACCUCCGCCUGCAACAGCCGGAGCACCACCACCACCAGGAGAUCGUCGUCGCGAAGAAGCCGAUGCCGCCGGACGAGUCACGGAAGCUGUUCCAGCGCCUCUGGACCGACGAGGACGAAAUUGAGCUCCUCCAAGGGUUUCUCGACUACACCACGCAGCGAUUUGGGGCACACAAUUCCUCCUCCCAGCACCACCACGACACGACGGCGUUUUACGACCAGAUCAAGAGCAGAUUCCAGCUCGAUUUUAACAAGAACCAGCUCGUCGAGAAGCUCCGCCGCCUCAAGAAGAAGUACAGAAACGUUGUCGCCAAAUUCAGCUCCGGCAAAGACUAUGUCUUCAGGAGUUCCCAUGAACAAGCCACCUUCGAAAUCUCCUCCAAAAUUUGGGGCAACACCGCCAUCAACAACUACUCGCCCUUACCUGCCGCCCCUGCCCCCGCCCCCAUCGGAGACGACUACGACGACCUUAACAACCACCAUUUCGCUUAUUUUCAAAGCCCUAACCCUAAUGGCAUUGAUAUAAACAGCAAAACCCCUCCCCCCAGAAAGAGGAACCGAGCUGGAGUAGUGAAAGUAGAGCUUAUCAACCCGAUUAGUACCAUCAACAACAAUCCGCCAGCAGUGCCGGUGGCUCCAAUGGCUGCUCCGGCGAUGGGCAUGGGGGCAACUCAGAUGGCAUCUCCGGCGAUGGGAAUGGGGGCAACUCAGAUGGCAUCUCCGUUGAUGGGCAUGGGGAUAACAGGAUCAAUGCCUAGUGUGAUUGAAGAGACUGUCAAGAGUUGUCUGACUCCGAUAAUCAAGGAGCUAUUGACCAAUUCGAUGAGUUCGACUCCAAAUUCUAACGGGCCUUGUUGCGGACAUGGCUUCGGGUUAACGCGAAAUCUACUACCCGUAUGUUUUAACACAGCCAUGGGCGGAGAUAAAACUGCUAACAACAACAGGUGGAGGAAGCAACAAAUGUUGGAGUUGGAAGUGUUCUCGAAGCGCUUGGAGUUGGUGCAGGAUCAAAUUAGAGAGCAAUUGCAGGAGCUUAGGUCCAUGGGGAAUUGAAUUGAGUUGAUUGACAACGUUAUCGGGCGUAAGUGUGUUCCUUUCUCGGAUCUCUUUUUUUAAUCUUAUAUAGAACGUUGUGACGGAUGUUGGUAGAUGCGAAAUGCAGAACGCUUACAUUAUGAUUGGUUAAAUAAUGAGUUGAGAUUGUUCAGUCCAUAUUAGAUAGUUUGACAUGUAAAUUAAAAUUACAUGGUGUGGUAAUAUUAGAUGUUAUAAAUUAUAAUGUAUCCAAGAACUGAUUUGGUCUGGUAAUUAGGCGUUAUAAUGUAUCGGGAACUGAUUUCCCGUGAAGGGAAGUGGUAAAGAAUCUAUGAUAUUGAUUACUGAAUGUGUUUGUUUUUUU